AACUAACAACGGUGGUAUAGACGAAAUUGUAGAAUCCCACCAUCAUCAUAUUCAUUCGCCGUCAUCGUACCCGUGCGUAUUGGUGGUCGUCGUGGUCAUUUAGACGUCGAGGUCGUCGUCAUCGUGUGGUGCAAACCAUCGUGUGCCAGAAACUGUCCCAAUUGUUCGACGAAAUCAGGCUGCCACUAGUAGGAAACUGUGGUGUAUUGCGUAAAAGGGAGGCAAAGGUUGUGUUGGAAUGAAUUCAGAUCACGGGAUUUACUGCCUGGCCGCGAUAUUUCAAAUCCACCAAGGCCUGUUGGUUUGGGGCCGUAGUUACGACGAAGUGCGGAUGAGUGAUGUAUAAAUUUAUGAAAAAUCCCAGUAACAUUUUGUUCCAUUCAAAUUCAUGAAUAAGGUUAAUCGUCCUAACAGUUUGGAAUAUAAGUGUAAAUGUGUGUUUUUAGGUUAUUUCUGGUAUUACGGAGAGUUUAAAUAUAAAUCGGCGAAUGUGAGUUUUGUGUUAGGCUCCCUAACUAAGUUUAAGUGAAUUUUUGGAAAACAAGUGAUUGUGUGCGUGAGCAAUUUUGCGUUCUAUAAUGACCGGAAAUUUGCGCGAGUAAAGAAAAUGCAAAAUAAAUUAUAUAAGUGUGUCGCUUAUCGAAAGAAGCGUUCUAAUUCAGCUAAUUCCCAAUGCAGUGUAGUUUGGAAUGGAGCGAAAUGUUAACAACGCAUACUAGUGUACUGUUCUACUAAAAUAUGGUAUGUUGAGUGAGCAGAAAGCAAGGAAGCAGCAACCUCACCGUGUACAGUGCAUCGUUGAAUACAGCAAGCAAAGUAGCCAAAGGAAGAAAAAAAGUGGAUAAAAUAAGGUGGUUCGGGCAGAAAACAGCAUAAGCAUUGUGUUUCCUUCACUUGCAUUAGUGAUUGUGUACGGGUGCACACGCACACACAUACGCACCAUCAUCAUACGCAUCCUAAGGAAGAAAGGGGAAGGUGAAGGAUCACAGCGUGCUGUAUAGUGCUGUGAGCGAAGGGAAAUCGUCGCUUUUUCACGUUUUCCUGAUCCUUUCCCCACAGUUUGCCGAUAGGUCUUCAGGUUCUGUCUUGAAAGCAGAAUCUCUAGCAUUGUGUCUCUUGUGUGUUCGCGUGUGUGUAUCACGGUAAAGCCUGUAUAAAAGUGUGUAUGUGCGUGUGUGUGGGUGUGUGUGGUUUUCUCUAGAAGUUAAUGUGCAUGUGCUGCGUCCGGUGCAGUAAAUUUGCGAGCGAGAUCGAAAAGAUGCGCUGAAGAUAUUUUAUCGGCAUGAAAUGGAAGCAGCCACCAUUCGUUCAAUGCAGCAGGUCGGGCCAACCGGACAGCGGACCGACUCUGGCCCUUCGCCUCAACCGACGCCGCCUGGAAUGUCGUAUCAGCAGCGCGUCCAAACUGCGACCGCUGCUCAAAUUCAUCGGACGGCUGAUGCGACGCAGGGUUAUAGUAAGGGAGGAGGACCGUCAUCUUCACAAACAGUGCCUCGAUCCGCGGCUAGUCCAUUAUCUCCACCAAGGCCAGGCCCGGGAGCCGCUGGUGCCGCAAAUUAUCCAUCGUUUGGUGGUGCUCCGGCGAGAGAAUCACCUCUGCGAUAUGUGCAAAAUAAUUCGUAUGUUCCUGCCUUUAUUCGAGAUGCGAGCCCAUUCAGCCGUGUUCCACAGGUACAGCAAAUCGUCACUGAGUACCGGCAAGCGGUUCCUUCAUCGGUUACCGGCGGAACAAGCGUGGUGCCCAAUAGCAUAGUCGUCUCUCCUUCUAUCAGCAUUGUCAACAAUAUGGAUGUGGGACCGUUACAUUCGGCAUCACAUCACAUUCAGCAGCAACAACAGCAGUCGCAACAAUCACAACAGUCCCAACAGUCACAGCUGCUCCAACAACAACAAUCGCAGAACCAACAGCAGCUUCAUCAUCAGUCUCCGCAGCCGCAACAGCAAUCACUGCAGCAACAACAGUCGCAGUUGGAGGAACAGAAAUCACUGCAGCAACAGUCGCAGUUGGAGCAACAGCAAUCACAGCAGCAGCAACAAUCGCAGCAACAGCAGAAACAGCAGUCUCAGCAACAACAGCAGCCACAGCAACAACAGCAGCCACAGCAACAACAGCAGCCACAGCAACAACAGCAGCCACAGCAACAACAGCAGCCACAGCAACAACAACAGCAACAUUCGCAGAAAUUUUUGCAACCACUACAGCAUCAUUUGCAACAUCAGCAUCCAAAGCAGGAAGAGUCGCAGUCACUACGACCACAGGAACAGCAGCUCCGUCAGCCGCAACCGCAGCCGAAGCUGGAGCCGCGGCAGCAGACGCUUCCACAGUCGCAGACGCAGACGCAGUCGCAGUCGCAGUCGCAGGAAGAGCCACAGUCGCAACCACAGCCAGAGUCACAGCCGCAACCAGAGCCACAACCACAGUCUCAACCACAGUUACAGUCGCUGUCGCAGCCAGAGCCACAACCACAAUCUCAACCACAGUUACAGUCGCUGCCGCAGCCAGAGCCACAGCCGCAGUCUCAAUCACAGUUACAGACCCAAGAACAGGCACAGCCGCAGUCUCAACCACAGGCACAGCCACAGGCACCGGCACAGGCACCGGCACAGGCACAGCUACAGCCACAGGCACCAGGACAUGUACAGGUACCGGCACAGGUACAUGUACAGGUACAGGCACAGGCACAGCCGCAGUCUCAACCACAGGCACAGGCGCAGACACAGACACAGGCACAGCCAGGGCCACAGAGCCAGGCACAGGCACAGCAACAGUCACAGCAGUCGAAGUCGGAAGCGCAGUCACAUUCGCAGCCUCAGUUAGAGGUGCAAUCCUUGUCGCAACCGCUGUUGCAAUCGCUGUCGGAGACUCAGAUGCAGACGCAGUCCCAGUCAGAAACUCAGACGCAUACGCAGCCUAUUUCGCAGCCGAAGCCGCAUUCGCAGACGCAAAUGCAACAGCCGUCGCAACUAAAACCGCAGUCUCGGUCGAAACCGGAGUCGCAGUCUAAGUCUCAGUUAGAGUCGCUAACGUAUACGCUGCCGCAGAUACAAUCUCCACCAGAACAACAGUCGCAAUCACAAAAACCACUCAAAGAGCAACAAGAACAACAACAAGAGCAACAAAAACAGCAGCAGCAGGCGCAGCAGGAGCAACAACAACAACAGCAGCAACAGAAAUCACAAGUGCAACAACAGCAACGGCAACAACCGCAACAACAUCAACCUCAGUCGCCACAACAACCACAGCAACCACAGGAGCCACAGCAAUCACAAGAGCCACAGCAAUCACAGGAGCCACAACAGUCUCAACAGCCACAGGAGCCACAAGAGCCACAUCAACCACAGGAACCACAAGAGCCUCAUCAACCACAGGCGUCUCAACAACCACAGGAGCCACAACAGUCUCAACAGCCACAGCAGCCACAGCAGCAACAGCAGCCACAGCAGCCACAGCAGCCACAGCAGCCACAGCAGCCACAGCAGCCACAGCAGCCACAGCAGCCACAGCAGCCACAGCAGCCACAGCAGCCACAGCAGCCACAGCAGCCACAGCAGCCACAGCAGUCACAGCAGUCACAGCAGUCACAGCAGCCACAGCAGCCACAACAGCAGCCACAGCAGCCACAGCAGUCACAGCAGUCACAUCAGUCACAGCAGCCACAGCAGCCACAGCAGCCACAGCAGCUACAACAGCCACAGCAGCCACAGCAGCCACAGCAGCCACAGCAGCCACAGCAGCUACAACAGCCACAGUCGUCACAUCAACCACAGCAGCAACAACAGCCAGAAUUGCCUGAACUGCCACAGCAGCAACAACAAUCACAGCAGCCACAGCAGCAACAGCAGCAACAGCAGCAACAGCAGCCACAGCAGCAACAGCAGCAACAGCAGCAACAGCAGCAACAGCAGCAACAGCAGCCACAGCAGCAACAGCAGCAACAGCAGCAACAGCAGCAACAGCAGCAACAGCAGCAACAGCCACAACAGCCACAACAGCCACAACAGACUCAACAGACACAGCAGCCUCAGCAGCCUCAGCAGCAACAGCAAAAACAGCAGCAACAGCAGCCACAGCAGCCACAGCCACAACAGCAACAGCCCCAGCAGAUGCAGCUACAGCAAGCACAACAGCCACUGCACCCAAAGCUUGCAAAGCAAUCACAGCACCUACAACUGCCACAUCAGCCACAUCAGCAACAUCAACCACAGGCGUCUCAACAACCACAGCAGCAGUCGCAACAGCAACAGCAGCUACAUCAGCCACAGAAACAACUACAGACGCAACUGCAGUUGCAGCAGUCACAGCAGUCACCUCAAUCACAGCAGCUGACGCAGCAGCAGCAGUCACAGCGGUUACAGCAACCACAACGGCAUCAUAUGCAGCAACAACAGCAACAGCAACAGCAACAGCAACAACAACAGCAACAGCAACAGCAACAGCAACAGCAACAGCAACAGCAACAGCAACAGCAACAGCAACAGCAACAGCAACAGCAACAGCAACAGCAACAGCAACAGCAACAGCAACAGCAACAGCAACAGCAACAGCAACAGCAACAGCAACAGCAACAGCAACAGCAACAGCAACAGCAACAGCAACAGCAACAGCAACAGCAACAGCAACAGCAACAGCAACAGCAACAGCAACAGCAACAGCAACAGCAACAGCAACAGCAACAGCAACAGCAACAGCAACAGCAACAGCAACAGCAACAGCAACAGCAACAGCAACAGCAACAGCAACAGCAACAGCAACAGCGGCAAUAUCAGCAGCCACGGCCGCCUCAGCCGCAAACUAUUCUAGGGCAACCAUCUUCAGUUUCUUCACAACAUGUUGGAGGAGGAACCCCCAUAAUGGUUACAUCAUUGUCACAGCAACAAAUACCCCAUCUCCCUCUAUUAGUACAGCAGAUUCCACAGCAGAUGGCGCAACAAACAUCAAGGCAACGUAUUACUUUGCUCCAUCCUUCACCAGAUUAUCUUCUGCAAUCUUCGAGAUCAGUAGUCCCAGCGGUAACCGACAGCAAUGGACCACCGGCAUUUAAAAAGAUACGAUUAAAUGAGGUUGUCGGUUCACAGCAUCCGCCGCCAGUUGUUGGCUCCGCUGUGCCACUGCCAAUUGGUAGUACUAGCAAUGCAACGACGCUGCUGAAGAUAGAUACUAGGGAAUCGCCGGUUGUUAUGGUAACUUCGGGAGCAUACCAUCCGCAAGUGGAAGCUAUCUCGCCUACACUGCCCAGUGAUCCCAUGGAAGAGUUGCGUGCCACAAAGGACGAAUUGUUACAACAAAUUGCGAAGGUAGAUAAUGAGAUUGACAAGGCGGAAAAGAAGAUUGCGUCAUUGAAGAAAAAGCAGGAAUCGCUCGAGGAAGCAUCUGCUAAACCACCGAUUGAAGAAAGCUCCUCGGAGGCGCAACCUAAGCACCGCAAUUUAGCGCAAAAAAUAUAUGCGGAAAAUCGUAAACGUGCCUCCGCAGCUCAUGCCGUCCUAAGUACGCUCUGUUCAUACGGAGCUGACCCUCUUCCGUUGUAUAAUCAGCCGACGGAUGCGGAAAUGUGCCGGGAAAUACAAGAACGUCAUCGGAUGUUUAAGCAACGACUGUUGUUGCACUUCCGGAAGAUCAAAACAGAACGUGCCGCAAAGCAGUGCGAGAUAACCGAACGUUACGCCCUACUAUCGCAGGAAUGGACCAAGCGCGUCGAUAAGCUAGAGGCGAGCGCCAAGCGUAAGGCAAAAGAGGCCAAGAAUCGCGAGUUCUUUGAAAAGGUUUUUCCGGAGCUUCGAAAGCAGCGGGAAGAUAAGGAACGAUUUAAUCGUGUAGGUUCUAGAAUAAAAUCUGAAGCCGAUCUUGAAGAGAUCAUGGAUGGUCUUCAAGAACAGGCCAUGGAGGAUAAGAAAAUGCGCUCAUAUGCUGUGAUUCCACCUUUAAUGUUAGACUCCAGACAAAGAAGGCUAGUGUUUAAUAACGAAAAUGGAGCGCUAAUAGACAUGGAAACGGAAUUUAAGGAGCGGUUAAGUUUGAAUGUGUGGACAUCUGGUGAAAAGGAAAUUUUUCGAGAAAAGUUUUUGCAGCAUUCGAAAAAUUUCGGCACAAUUGCUGCUAGUUUGGACAGGAAAAGUGCGCAGGAUUGUGUGCGAUAUUACUACCUCAGUAAGAAGACGGAAAAUUAUAAGCAGUUGUUAAGGAAGUCCCGACAGCGAACAAGAAGCUCUAGAAACCCUCAAAAAUCUAACCAGCAGCAAACACAAUCAAUUGUGGAUGCAAUGACUACUGGUGUUACAACAAGACUACAACGUGAACAACAACAAAAGACUGUAGGCCGUGAUCGUGCCGCGAAUUCAACAAAUAGUACGAUAGGAAGUAAUGCGACAGCCAAUAUUGUCAAUGUCACGACAAAUCCGUCAUCUAACAGUGUUUCCGCAAGCAGUAAUAAUGGCAGUAGUGGCAAUAAUAUCAACAACAGUAAUAAUAAUAAUAUUACAAGUACUAACAUGAUGAGCGACGUCACUAGCACGGGUAAUAACGGCAGCAUUAAUGGUAGUUGUAUUACGAAUUCUUCGUCCCUAUCACCUAGUAGUUAUGUGACUGCAUCGAUCAACGCUUCCUCCGUUACAUCUGCAUGUAGUGUGAAUAGCAGCAACACCUCUAGCAGCAAUGACAACAACACCAUUGUAAUUGACAAUGCAACUGAAUCGACUUAUAACAGUAAUAACAGUGCAGUACAUGUUAACAGUAGCAUUGCUUCUGGUGGAGACGCUGUAGAGGUUUCUACGAAGAUAAAUGACAUAGAAUUAAAUACAUCCACGGGCCCAAAUGUAUCGAAAACAGGUACGACAACCGUAGAAACAACGGUAACGAAUGUAUCUUCCGUGACCGAUAGGGUGAUGGAUGAUGAUACAGGAGUGGAUGUAUUAUCGACGGCAUCCUCGAGUAGUGCGAAAGUGAAUAGUGGAGCUGGAGUUACUACUUUUACACCAUCUACGGGGCAUGUAGAGCAAACAGCAUCGCAUCCAUCGGAUGAGAAAGCCACUCCUGUUGAAAAUAGUGUCGGAGUUUCAUGUAUUAUACCAUCUACUACGACUGCAUUAUCUGGUAGCAUUCCGAUCAAUGGCGUGAAAACUGAAUUGUUCUCGUUGAACUCCACGGUUAGUCAACCAUUGCCAUCCACGGUUGAAUUAACGCUUGGCUCUGUGGUUGCGAGUGUUGUAAGCAGCAAACUUGGAAGUGUCAAGGAGGGUGCUCAACACUUUAAAGAAGAAAUUAAUACUAGCGAUUCACGGAACAAGCGUAUUGAUGAAACUAUCAACGAAUCUAACAGUGCUGACAUUCAAGAAGAUAAAACAAAUGUUACGGGUACAUUACAUACGUGUUUCAUCUGCAAAGCAGAGUUGUGCUCGCGUACACGACCUCUUGAGCGAAGCCGUGCCACGCAGUAUGGAAUAUCGGAAGCGGAUAUCCCUGUUGGAGCUAGAAUUUGCAACAGCUGCCAGUGCAAAUCGGUUAAAUCGCGUUACACUCACUGUCCUCUUCCAACCUGUCCCAAUCCUAAAGAUCGCGUGAAGCGCUUCCGAAAUCUUCCACCUCGGUUGUUCGAACUGGCACCAGAAAUACGCGAUCCGAUCGUGCAAGAGCUUCAAAUACCACCCAAUGUUAGCAAAUGCUGUUCGGCGUGUUUGACACGGAUUCGUCGUAAGAUGGGUCCUCAUCUGCUAGGCAGCAACAGUCUAACCGAAGAGGAGGUUGGCCGACUGAAAAAAUUACUGCAAGAGCAUGGUCCCAAGUGGAGCCAGUUUGCAGAAUCCUUCGGAAAACCAGUUCUAGCCCUUAAAAGUUGCUAUUUUCACUAUCAGAAAAAGUAUGGCCUGGAUGUUGCUUUAAAUGAGUACUAUAAACUGCAUCCCAGUGAGGAUCGUCGGUCGACCUUUACUGAUGGCGAUGAGUCAGAUCUCAGUGCCGGGUCAACUUCCUCGGAUGAACGGGAUGGUAGCAGCGACACUACUGCAUCGGCAGAAAGCCCAACUGCUGGAAAUGGAGGAGUAAAUAGUGGUACAAUCGGAAACGUGACAGUGAUGCCUACGAAAAACAACAGUAGCAGCAUUACUACUGAUGUAAUUUCUAUUGUAGAAGGUGUGCCUACAACAGCUAAAUUGGAAGAAAGCGGGCGAAUCAUACUCGAUAGUGGUAAUGUCCCAUCUGGCGUUAUUGGUGAUAGUGACAGCGUUAGUGGCAGUGAAGUGGCAAUCUCAUUAGCACCACCACCAAAGACCCCAGCGACAAUAACCGGAUCUUCUUCGUCAACAUCUUCGGGUGGUAGUGGUGUCGCGUAUGAGGAUGACCGUUUACUUCCCCCAGGUCAACCUCAGCCAAGGAAAGCAUUACGCCACACGGAGGAAUAUGAUAGUUCAGCGACCGAAACCGCUGAUGAAGAGAAUGAAUCAUCUCCAGCGAAUAGGCAGAGUCCUAAAGUAUCUCUUUCUCAUCCUCCGAUACCACAUCCGCACUACCCGCCACCAUUGCAUCACAGCUCUGGAAUUGCAAUGUUGCACAACUCUAUUAGCAACGCUCAGCAACAAACGAAUGGUCCUCGUUCUAAUGUCAUUGGAGGAUGUGUAAGCGAUAUAAACUCACCACAGAAUGUAAGGGACGUGAUGUUAAAUGUCAUUGAAAGAUCGUUAAAGAAUAACUCACUAGCGGCAACCAGCAAACCACCUCCGCCGGGAUUACGUGACCUACAAUUUGGAUCUAGUGUUACACCAUCCUCUUCUGUGCCCUCUGGACAGCAAAUUCAACCAGUAACGGGAUCUGUACCAUCGCUGGCUUCUUCAGGGGCCUCCUCUACAUCGUCAUCGAUGGGAAGAGAUUUUCGUGAUGGGACGAAAGUAGUGUUAACCUCAACAGGCGGUGUUCCGCAAGUAAUUACAGGAGUUGGUUCUACGGUGACAUCGACGUCCUCCGGUCAGCAAACUAAUCCACUUUCGAUGCCAGUCUCCACAUUAGGAAUUACUGUGGUGAACUCUCAUGGACAAAUAAUUUCUUCGCCAGCAGGCCAGCAGCCGCAUUCAGCUAUACCACCUCCACUGAUUGGUGGUCAUGUGCAAUUAAGUCAUCAUCAUGCAUUGAGUAGUCAAAUUCCGGCAACUAUCACUCCAAUUCCACACUCUAUCCACCUUGGAGCAUCGCCAACUUUGAGUUCAUCUGUAGUUCGUCCAUCAAACGAUGAACCACAAACGUUGGAUCUUAGCAUCAAAAAAACACCCCGCACAGAGAUGAUGGCUGUAUCGGCUGCUCCCACAAAACUAACGGAAACUAGCAACAAUGUUAGUAGUGGUGGAGGAAACUUUCCACCACCGCCUGCGCACAGCCACAAUAAUAGUAAUCAUUUGAGCGGCACUGCUGGUGGAAAUAGCGGGGCUGGCGGAAGCAGUGGAAAUAACAACAAUAUUAACAAUAAAUUUCAUCUUGGUCAUGUAUUAUCAUCAAGCACGCAUGGACCGUCAGUUACUGUCUAUAGAACGGAUGGUACAUUUUCGGGGCCUAACAUUCCUCCAUCGUCAACAUCUGCUGUGGGAGGUGGUACCUAUGUGAGCUAUCACCCGUCCGGGACGGGCGUAUCUGAUGCUAUGGGCCGUACGUUAACAAAAUCCCCUUCGGGAACUGGGGCAUACCUUACCAUACCGCUGGGCACAGGGCCAGGACAGAACAGUGGAGGGUUGUCGAUGCAAGGUUCGACGGGAUCUACACGUCAGUCAACAUUGUCUUCGCUCACACCUCCACCCCCUUUGUCAGGAAGUGGAAAUACAAAGGGGAAGAACACUCCCAAACUGAGUCCGAAAUUAUCUAGUAGUGGUUCUGUCAGCGGUGGUCCUAAAGGAGGUUCCAUUACCCAUGGCACACCGGUGAAUGCCACUCAGCAGCAGCAGCAAAAUCAGUUAAUCAUCCAGGGUCAGCCAACAUCUACGGCAAAUUUAAGCCCACGGUACGAACCGCAUCUUCUGCGUCAAACACCGCCAUCAUCGGCUGCUUCCAGUGGUCGCCCAGGAACUUCUUCAUCUCCGGUCAUAAUGAGUGACAAGUUUAUAGGUUCCAUAACUCAAGGAACUCCUGUGCAUGGGGGCAGUGGGGGACUCCUGUCUGAUAAACGUUCCAGCUCUUCAGCAUACGACUACAAGCGUCAGAGCCCUGCGCAAACAAUAGUAGUUCCUGGCGGGGGCCAUGUAUUACCAAUUCAGUUUAGUCCCUAUGGAACUGGAGUUCGGGGCGUCAGUGGUGGAAAUGGUAACGGAGCUUCAGGCGUUACAGCGUACUCGUCACUUGAGCCAACUUCACAACAGUUGAGUUCAAGACAAAUCAUAAUGAACGACUACAUAACUUCACAACAGAUGCAAGGCCGAACUAGUGCCGCAGGUGGUAAUGGAGCAGUCGGCUCAACUGGUGUUGUACCUUUGGUCGUCAAUGCAGCUGCCAACAGUCGCUCUGGGAAGGAAUCUCCUUUACCACGAAGCGUUGGCGUUAGUGUUCCUGGAGGUCCUACGCCAUUGUCUAUUCCACCGGGUUCAAUAUAUGGUAUCGUAGGAAGCAAUGUAGUUGGGACGUCACCUUUGGGAAUUGUUAGUAGCCGACAGGCUCAGAAUGAUUAUCUAAGCCGAACUUCACCAGCUGCUGAUCAUGUUAACAGAAUUUCACCGGUGUACAGUAAUACGUCUAGUCCACAUCGCACUCCGCCACCACCACAGCGACAAGGUGUUAUACAGCGUCACAAUACUAAUAACAGCAGUGGUAGUGGAUCUGGAGGUAACAGUACUGGAAAUGCCGGCACUGUGGCUAUGGUUGUAGGUGGAAGCGGCGUUUCUUCUAAGCCACCUAGUCCAGCACCGCGAUAUCAUUUACAGCCUCCACCUCCUCCUCAUCAUUAUCUUCAAGAUGCGUUUACCUCGUUCGUUGAUUUAGCGGUUCAACAACCACCGAUGACAGUUCCGCACAAGGACGACGCAAAACGAGGGGUGCCCGAUCAGCAGCAACAACCACCUGCGACGAUAUCGACAGGAUUAUCAGUAGUUGGGCCACCGUCUUCGAGUGUACACCAUGAUAUGCGCUAUCAGCACCCUACAAUGAUUCCAUUCCACCAUCAGCAACAUCAGCUGCAUCAACAAACAAAACAACUUGCGCAAUCGCAAGCACAACAGCUGCAUCAACAACAAAAUAUACAUCAUACGCAAGAACAGUCGAAAACACUGCUUCAAGAUUCGAUUAAGCUACAGACACAGGAACUAUCUAAAACACAAUCACAAUCCCAGCCGCCAGUACCGCUACAGUCUCAAUCCCAUAAUCAGCAACAAUUAUCUCACCAAGCGCAUCAACAACACCAACCGGCUCAAUCGCCUCAGCCACCUCAUUUGCUACAAUCAAAACAACAAUCGCAAUCCCAGUCGAUCCACGCGCAGCCGCUGCAAAAUCCUCAAUUACAUCAUCAGGAGCAUCAGGAUCAUGACCAUGAACAUCAAAAGCAACAGCAAAAGCAACAACAACUCCAGCAGUUGCAUCAACAGCAAGUAGUGGCUGCAGCUGUUGCUCAGCAUCAUCAACACCUGAGACAGCAGCAGGCUGAUAUGCAGCGCCGUCAUCAGCAAUCUCCGUUGCAUCCAUCGUUACAGCAGUUGGGACCUAUAGCGGCGUAUCAACGGGAUCCUCAUCAUCCUGAUCAACGAGAUCGUCGUGAGGAUCUUAAUUUCCGCGACCGUGUUGAACUAGAACGCAAUCUAUUGGUGGAAAGGGCGGAUCGUGAUCGAGAUCGUGACCGUGAUCGUGAUCGUGAUCGUGAUCGUGAUCGUGAUCGUGAUCGUGAUCGUGAUCGUGAACGUGAACGAGAACAGGAAAGGGAACGCGAGCGGGAACGAGAACGUGAACGGGAGCGUGAUCGCGAACAUCGAGAGCGUCGCGAGUUAGAACGUGAACAACAGGCACGGGAGCAUUUGCAUCGUGAUCGCGAACGUCUCGAUCGGCAUCAUGAGGCAGAAGAACGCCGAAGAAAGCAACAAUAUGAUGGAUACUUGCCAGAUAGGCGAGAAAGAGCGAUUGAAUUAAUGAGCGGUCGAAAUACCUCAGAUGGGUCACUUACAGCAGCAAAUUUGAUUGAUGCUAUCAUAACACAUCAGAUAAGCCAAACAGCAGUCGAUCCACCUCCUAUGCCGUCGGUUCGAGAUCCUCAUAGGGCACCAUAUUUUGCGUCGCGCGAUCAGCGUUCUAUUGCAAUGCAGCAGGUGAUACACGAAAACAACGGAAGCAAAUCUCAUUCUCCCAACGUAAUAAAUGUUGACUUGGAUUCUGAUAACAUACAUUCUCAUCACAGACGUGACAGUGGAGGAAUAAGCGGUAACAGUCUUAGUGGUGUAAAAAAUAUCACUCUUGGCGAGUUAACCGAAUCGAUCAUAGCUAAGGACUAUUCGCCCAACCCCAAUCCAUAUCUUCCGCUACGACCACCAAUGAUACCGUAUGGUGCAUCAACGACCGGAAAUCCCGGAGCGGAAGCGAUUCUGGCAGCUGAUCAAUGGAAACAUCGGCGUCCAACGUCUCUAACAACAUCCAGUAAGGAAGAACAAAUGCAACGUGCACACGAAACUCAAAAGGGUCCCGGUCGAGCUACUCCUGAAGAUCGGCAUAUUAUUCGACUUGCGCAAUCACCUGGCCCAAGAAGUAAGUUUCAUGAAUCCGCCUCGCCCGAUGGGCCACAAUUCUUUCACCCGGGGCCUCAUUUGGGACGCGUCGCUGGUGGCACCGGAGUGCCUCAUGCCGGAGCAGGAGGCAGGGAUAAUUUCGUUCUAGACUUUUACGUAAAAAAUCGUAUUGUCGAAGCAAUGCGAACUGAAGAUGAAAAGCGUACUUCUACCGAUCCUUCGAUGGUGGUAGUUGUUGAUGGAGUCGGUGGGGGUAAUCGGAAUAUUGAACGCCAGCAACAAUCCUCUCCACGCAGUUUCCAAAACCUCUCACCUCAUCAUCAUCAGCCACCCUCGUCUCACCAUCAUGUGAAGGAAAUUACUUUGGUUGAUCGAAGUGGUACACCGGCCUCUGGAGCAAGCGAUGGACAACCGCAUUCUUUGAAUGAAGAUCACAAACAAAAUCAUCCGUAUCCACAGCAUUCUACGCCUUCUUCCGUAUUAGCAGCAUCGGGUUCUACCACAUCAAGUCCAGCCGUGGUUCAUAGCACAUACCAUCCGCUAACGACGCAGCCGUUAACGUCGUUUACUACCCCACCAACUUACGCCUAUCCGUUUAGUGCCCUUACUGUCGCCAGUGGGGCGCCGCCAACUACUUCCACCGGGCAUCCUUCAUCGCCAUCUACAUCUUCCACGACCUCUAUAGUGAACUUGAUGGGGACUGGAAGUGGUGGAGGUAAUAAUGUUGCUGGUUUGAAAUCUAUGCAUUCAGGAAUGAUUAUCACUGGAAGUGGUGCUGGAGUAACCGGCGGUCUUGGCGGAAACAAUUCUAUUGGAGCAAACAACGGAGGAGGCAACGGAUCUGGUGGUGUGUUGACAGAUGAUCGUCAUAUUACCUCUGCUAUCGAACCGAAACCACUGCUAUCUGCUCAAUAUGAAGCGCUGAGUGAUGAAGAUUAAGGCGAAACCCCUUGGCUCUAAAGCUUAACACACAAAUUGUGUAAAUGUUUUGUUUAUUUUUCAUUGCACGCUCAUUCUUUUUUUUUCAACCUAUUUUUUAUCUUCCUUGCUACGAAUUCUGGCCAAAACAUCGUGCACUCAUGUUAAAGAUUGGGUUUUGCGUGUCAGCUUCAUAUUUUACCAUAAAACAAAAGAAACUAAUAGUAAUCAGUUUUUGCAAAUCGUAGUGCAAAGAUGCCCAAAUCUAUCAUGAACAAUAAUCAUAUGCUUCACUCAUUAUAGGCUUUAAAAGAAUUUUCCGAUUAGAAAUAUGGUAUUUUCAAAAAAAAUAAUGAUAAUAAUAAAAAUGGAGCUUGAUAGUGCCGCGGAAUACGUAUAAAGUAACACGCAGUAUGUCGUGGUUUCGCCAUUUGUCUAUGCUGGCUUGUUCCAACAAGAUCAUGGUAGUGAGCAGGUUCCAACAAGAACAUGUAAGUGGUACUAAGCAAACGUUUGACUAUGAUGAGUAAUAUGAAGAAAUAGACAUUAGAAUGAAAUAUGGACAGGAAUAACAUGGUUCUAAUGGCAAGUUUCGAUCAAUGUCAAGCAAGCAUAUGAUGAAAUUGGAGACGAUACGGAAGUGCAAGAUCUUCCUGAAUAUGGCAAAAUUAUCAAAUAAACACUCAAUACAAGCAUUCUUAUUCGCCAUACUCAAAGCGCCAUUACACAAUCAGCAAAAGUAAUAAUAACAGAAAAAAGUAAUUUCAAACCGAUGCUCUUAAACAGUACAUUAUGGAAAAUUUGAACGAUGGUGGGACAGGAAUACAGGUAGAAUAAGUAAUACUUCACAGUCUGGUAGAGAGGAUAGACAUUGACAAAAGGAGAGCUACUACACAUUAUUUGCCACGGCUACUUAACUUUCACGAUUCGAAAUUUCUAUUUUCUUUAGAUUUGGUUGCUACCAACUGAGCGUAGAAUUGAAAUGUUCAGUAACGGAUAUUUCAAAGUUAUGUAUUUUUUAUCCAGAAAUCAGUUUAUAUAACUAAUACAGUUUUAUUAAAGAUCAUCACAAUUGUCAAUCAAUUGUAAGUGUGACAGAUCGAGAAAUAGAAUGUCUCAACAAACUUAUCUUAUCAUUUUGCUUCAGUUAGACAAUUUCGUACGUUUCGUUACACAUCUACCACCGUUAUACAUUAUGCUUCUAUAUUUACACCGUUAUACAUUAUGCUUCUGAGCUGCAAAAUAGAACGAGCGUUUUGACAAACAAACAAACACACGCAUAAGUACUCAGAAACAUACAUAAAUACAUACAAUACUUUAAUACACACAUACACAGACAGAUACAAAAACACACAUAAGCACACAGUCAAACAGAUACAUAAAAAAUCCUUUCAUCAUAAAAAAGAAUCAGAUUGCCCUUUCGAGUCAAAAGUUGCAAUUUACAAAAAUGUUAUGCUGUUCGUUAGUAAGCAACACAUCGACCGAGUAUGGAUGUGUUGUUUUCGUUGCGAUAAGUCCAAUCCGAUUACUUUUGAUCGAUAAGAUCGAGAUCAGAGAUUUGCAUUACGAUCAUUAUCAAUCGUUGGACUCUUGUCACUCUGCAGCAUCCAAAGGGUGUAGAAAAAUGAAAUUAUGAAAAAGCUGAGCUGUGCGUCGAUUGCAAAUAUGAUGGUUUUAUCAUUCGUUUGAAUUGUGUUCCUUGAUCAACAUCUAUUGUAUAUGCUUCGCCGAUGCUAAACUGCCGAUCGAUUACUGUCUGUUUUGUGUGUAUGUAUGCCAUUUUGCGGUUGUAUCACAUAGGUGAAUGAUGUGAAACUGUAUUUCGCGUACAAUCGUAUGGUAAAUAUACAAUGAAACAAAAAUAACAGAGCAAACGUUCUUUAUUCUUUGGAAUGAUCAUUUGAUUGGAUCAGCUUGUGACGAAUGUAAAAGACAUCGAGGAAAAUUGAUGAAUAAUCCCGGGAAAAUUAUAUGAAUAGAAGAGGAAGAAGGGAUCCUGGAAUAUAAAAAUCGUAGCAACUAAUUGCUCUUACAAAGGAUAUUACUCAUUCUGAGAUAGGACACAUUAUGUACAGUAAAAAUAAAAUGAAAAAUAAGUGACCAGCAAGAUACUUUACACCCAAAAUCAGUGGGGUGGUGCGAUUUAUUCUUCAAUCGAUUAUUUUUUUAAUUUCCUUAGUUUAUGCAUUACAUGAUACGAUUUGUUCAUUUUAUUUUCUUAAAAGUUAUUUAGCGAUUAUGCAAAAAAAAAACAAUUAGAAUAUGCAUUAAAUAACGGAAGGGUCGCUGAGAAGUAUAUUACAAACAUAAAUGUAAGGAAUCGAGAAAAUCUGAGUGAACGAAAAAAAAGAAUGGCAAACAUGUAAAAGGAAAUAUAAUAGGUACUAUGAAAAUACUACAAGAAUACGAAAAAAGUGUAGAGCAGUCGUAACUUGUAGAUGCAGAAUAUAUAAGACGAACUGAAGUAAAGAGAAAAAGAAAAAAAAAAAGAAUCGAUAUGAUAUGAAUAUAAGAACGAGUAGAUAGUGAGAUAACACGUAACUAAAAGUAAACAAGCAAAGAAGUAAAGAAAA